ACUUCCCAUCAUACAGGAAGUACUUGCAACUUCCGUGUUUACAUUUUCCGGCGCGGGAAGAACACGGGCGACGCCAGCAUGGCGGCCAAGCGAGGCGCGCUCAUCGUGUUAGAGGGGGUGGACAAAGCCGGCAAGACCACGCAGUGCAAGAAGCUGGUCGAGGCGCUGCAACAGAGAGGACACCCGGCGGAGUUGAUGAGGUUUCCCGACAGAAGCACAACGAUUGGAAAGCUGAUCAGCGCUUACCUGGAGAAGAAGAGCGAUCUGGAGGACCACACAGUGCACCUUCUCUUUUCCGCUAACCGGUGGGAAAUGGUGCCUGUUAUGAAACAAAAGUUGGAGCAAGGGACCACGCUAGUGGUGGACCGGUACGCCUUCUCUGGGGCUGCUUUCACCAGCGCCAAACCGGGUUUCACUCUAGAUUGGUGCACCAGGGCAGAUGUGGGUUUGCCCAAGCCAGACAUGGUCCUGUUCCUGCGCUUGAGCCCGGUCGAAGCAGCUUUGCGAGGUCGCUAUGGCGAGGAGCGCUACGAGGACGCCGCCUUCCAGAGCGCCGUGCUCGACCGCUUCAAUCAGCUCAUGGACGACCCAUCCGUCAACUGGAAGUGUCCCGUGCAGGUGGUGGAUGCAUCCGGGAGCGUGAAUGAAGUUCACAAUGACAUCGCCCAGAAGAGUCUGGACACCAUCCGCAUUGCGCAGACGCAACCUCUGGGUGAGCUCUGGACAGAUAGCCUAAUGAUGUCCAAGCCCACAAUCACAACAUUAGAAGUUGAAUGAUUCCUAGUCAAGUUGGCAUUUCCUGAUGUUUUAUAGUCAGUUUUAAUCUUUAUUAUCAUAUGUAUAAUAUAUGGUCACUUUUUCUUUAAAAACACCUAUAUUAUACUAUAUAUAUUACAUAGACCAUGUGAUAGCCUAUGCUAAAGUUAUUGUCUGCUUGGAAGCGAAACAAUGGAGUAAGUGCUAUGGUAAUUACACAAAAUCAGCUCGAGAAUGCGCUGUUGUCGUUUAAUUAGUGCAUGUUACAGGAGGUGGCACUUUACUGCAAUGUAUGAAAUAGCGGUGAGAGUGUGUGAAAUAAAAUGAUAGAAUGCAAUCAA